UUCUGGAUGGUUUUUUUUCCUUUUUCACCAGGAAACGGGAAACUCUUGGGGUUGGGGGUGUUUAGUUGCCAUCACUCUGUCCUGGCAGGGCUCCUGUGCUCCUUUACCUGUGGAUCAGCAGGCGGAAGUGAAGCUUGGUUCCUUCUGCAAGAAGCUGCACCUGUUGGAUUUCUACCUGUCUGGCUGCUCUUCAAGGCACAGAGCUGCUCCCAGCAAAGGAGGUCGCUCAGUAUAUUUGAAGGAUUGAUGGCAUCUGCCUCUGGACCUGUGAGUGCUGAGCUCCUGCAGCCAGGUAGUGGGAGCCUCCUGCCUCCCAGCUCGCUCACGGAUGAAGACCUGGCUUCCUAUCCCGGUUUGUCUCAUCUCCUUAUGGGCCUGACGAAACAUAUGGACUCCAGUGGGCUUAGCACCAACUUGGCACAACAGCUCGAAGAGGCCAAGAAAGAAUUACAUCUGUCCAGAACAAACUGGCUGAAAUGGGAGGCGCUACACCGGGUUCUUCGGGAGGCCCUGCGGGACUUAGGAACUGGACCGGCCGCUCAGGAGAAAAAAUUUUUAGAGAUCCUGGAGCGGCAGCUUUUGGUGGGUGAGCUGAAACGAAUCCUUGACGUCGGUCCUUCUGCGCAAGAGGUGCAGCCGUCACUCCUGGGCUUGGUGCCCUCUGACCUUCAGGAUCUUCUUCCCCCUAAUCAAGAGCUGAAGGAAAUGCAAAAGCGCAUCCCCGUGGAGUUGGAGAGGCAGCUUAAACACAAGUGCUUGGCUGUACUGAGCUACUUCUGCCCAGAGAGUGAUAGUGCUGGAGAGAUUCCUCGGGCAGUUAUGAUCGGGACUCUGGCGGAAAGUGUGGCGGCAGAAAAACGGCGUCUGCAGGAAGCACGUGCUCGACACCAAGAGCUCGUGGGGUUGCUGGAACAGCAGACAGCUGCUUACCCCCAGGUCCUGUUACGCUGCCUAGCCCUGCUAAAACACUUUGCCCGCGAAUUUCGUCUUGGUGCUCAGUCUGAACUUGACUGCCUCAACACCCAGUACUUGGAGAUCAAAUGCAGCGCCAUGUUCCUCAAGAUACGGCUUGAAGAAGUGAGCAUUCUCUUGGAAACCUACGAACCUGAGAAAGUGAAUGUGCACCGGGUGAUGAGGGAUAAUUUGCAAGCAGCGAUACGCCGGGAAGAGCAAGAGCUGGCAGCUUCCUGCAAGGUUCUCUCCAGCUACGAGACUCUGGGUCCCGAGUUCGAGGAACUGGUGAAGGAGUAUGCUCGGUUGCAAGCCAUCAUUGAGAACAGGCGCUGGGUCCUGACAGAAUUCAACAAAGACUGAGACUCGCGUGGAGCGUGGGAGGGGCCCUUGUUUGCACGCUGAGUGUUCGACGCAGAGUGGCUAACUUUAUAAAAGUAAUCGAAGAAGAAGUGCCAAGGAAAAGCAUUAACGGCUGCAUUGCUUUCUUCCUGCUGAAUAGUGUUCCCGGUGGCCAUUAUCUUGCUGCUGUGGCGCAUCCAUUCAUACUGUUUUCUCUUUGCCCCCUGCCCCCCCUUCCCCCAAAUUGACAACAACACGUUGGGUUUUUUUCUCAGAAUCUGUCUGUUUCUCUAAAGCUUGGAUAAAACCAAUUAGGCCUGUACCGAUAUCCCAAAUAACAAAAUCUCAUAGUUGCAUGCUGUGCUUGGAGGGAAAGCGCCGUGCCUGUUGAUGAGACCAAAUAAACAGUCCUGGCAGUAAA